AUGGGAAUUGACAGAACAAAAUUAAAUUACUACUAUAAGCUAGCUAACGAGACCAUUCUUUCUUUGCAGAAUACAGUAACCGGCCUAGUACCAGCAUCUCCUGAGAACCCUCACGCUUGGAUCCGAGACAAUGUUUACAUUUCCUUAUCGAUUUGGGGUCUUUCGAUGGCUUAUCGGAAAGUUCCAUCAAUCGAUGAAGACAGGUCACGGGCCUAUGAACUUGAGAAGUGUGUGGUUAAUCUGAUGCGAGGCAUUUUGCGGUGUUACAUGUAUCAGGCCGACAAAGUUGAGGCAUUUAAGAAAACACAAGACCCAAAAGUGGCACUUCAUGCAAAGUUUGAUUCUCGAACAUGUAAACCUGUCGUUGGCGACUUCGAGUGGGGCCACUUGCAGAUUGAUGCAGUUUCCCUAUACCUUCUUGCGCUGGCUCAAAUGACUGCUGCAGGCAAGCAUAUUUUUCGAUUACGCAUUAUUUGGACCGUUUCUGAAGUCGCAUUCAUCCAGAACCUCGUAUUCUAUAUUGAACCUGCUUCUCGAAUUCCCGAUUACGGCAUUUGGGAACGUGGAGAUAAAACAAAUCAUGGUCGAACUGAGCUUAACACUAGCUCCGUAGGCUUGGCUAAGGCGGCGUUAGAGUCUCUGAACGGACUGGACCUUUUCGGUCCUCAAGGAGGAAGCAACUCUACUAUUCAUGUCCUUCUUGAUGAAAGUCAGCAGUGCAACACCGUAUUAGAAAAUAUGUUGCCCCGUGAAUCUCACUCUAAAGAAACGGAUGCAGCGCUCUUGGGAAUUAUUAGUUAUCCGGCUUUUGCCGUGAAUGAUAAACAAAUAAUUGAGAAGACGCGCUCAACGGUCCUAUCCAAGUUGCUUGGAAGUUAUGGCUGCAUUCGGUUUAUGCGAGACGGUUAUCGGACUGCACUCGAGGACCCACGUCGUCUACACUACGAGCCUUGGGAGCUGCGAAUGUUCGAGGGCAUCGAGUGCGAAUGGCCUCUGUUCUUCACCUACCUAAUAUUGGGAGCGUGCUUUGAUGGUGACAGAGAGUCUGCACAAAGAUAUCUAGAUCAACUAGAGCAAGUCGUUCUUCGCCGCGUAUGCAACAUUUAUUUUCCUCCUAUUCAUUCCAUUGUGCUACCAGUACUGAAGCAUUAG